UUCUCUCAAUUCUGUGGUUGUCUCAGAAUGUUGUCGCCGGCACUUCGUUUACUUUGCCGCAGAGGCGCUUCAAUGCGUUCUCGUGCGUUUAGCACAUCUCCCGCCGUCCAUGCUGCCGAGGUCAAAUCGUUGGGAGUAAUAGGAGCUGGACAGAUGGGACUCGGAAUUGCUCUCGUCGCUGCUCAGAAAGCCCAAGUCCCUGUGACACUUGUUGAUAACUCUCAGGCAUCACUAGAUAAGGGUCUGAAGUUUGCCGAUAAGCUACUUGAGAAGGAUGUGUCCAAAGACCGCAUUACAAAGGAGGCGGCAGAUGCUGCACGCGGCCGUAUCACAUCGAGUCUAAGUCUAGACGACCUCUCUUCGGUAGAUUUUGUUAUCGAAGCUGUCCCCGAGAUUCCAGACUUGAAGACAUCUAUAUUCUCCAAGCUUGCCCAGAUCGCGCCUGAGCAUGUCAUUCUCGCUACAAACACAUCGUCCAUCUCGAUAACCAAGAUUGCGGCCGCCACAACCACAGAUCCUACAAACCUUCAGGCGCCGUCCAGGGUUAUCUCGACCCAUUUCAUGAACCCAGUCCCCGUCCAGAAGGGUGUGGAGAUUAUCGCUGGUUUGCAGACGUCCAAGGAGACCAUUGACACUGCGAUUGCGUUUGUCCAGCGUAUGGGCAAGAUCGCAUCUGUGUCCGCGGAUUCGCCUGGUUUUCUUGCGAACCGCAUCCUCAUGCCGUACAUCAAUGAGGCGAUCAUCUGCCUUGAGACUGGUAUUGGUUCGCGUGAGGACAUCGACAGCAUUAUGAAGAAUGGGACUAAUGUGCCCAUGGGGCCCUUGACGUUGGCCGAUUUUAUUGGGUUGGACACGUGCCUGGCCAUCAUGAAUGUCCUGCAUCAGGAAUCCGGAGACAGCAAGUACAGGCCUUCUGGGUUGUUGAAGAAUAUGGUCAAUGCGGGCUGGUUGGGCAAGAAAUCAGGAAAAGGAUUCUAUGACUACUGAGGCACCACGGAUUUUUAAUCCGAACUUUCGUGAUAUGAAGAAAUUAGAGGGUCAUCUCAGAAAGCAGAACUGAAAUUGGAUACGGG